CAGGUGUUCUCCCAAAGUAGACCGCCAGCUGCAGCCUCCCUCGGGCCGUAACCCAAGAGUAACGUCAGAAACAGUUCAGAAUGACCACUUUAACCCACCGCGCCCGUCGCAUGGAAGUAGGCAAGAACUCUGAAAAGAAGGUAGAAAGUGAGGAAGACACUAAUCAAGACAGGAACCCAGACAAUGAAGACUCUGGAGACUCUAAGGAUAUUCGCCUCACCCUUAUGGAAGAAGUAUUGCUCCUGGGACUAAAAGAUAAAGAGGGUUACACAUCUUUCUGGAAUGACUGCAUAUCAUCUGGCCUGCGAGGGGGCAUCCUGAUAGAGCUGGCCAUGAGGGGUCGAAUCUAUCUGGAACCCCCCACCAUGCGUAAGAAGCGACUACUAGACAGAAAGGUACUGCUGAAGUCAGACAGCCCAACGGGUGAUGUUCUACUGGAUGAAACUCUCAAACACAUCAAAGCCACUGAACCCACAGAAACUGUCCAGACAUGGAUAGAGCUACUCACCGAUUGGUGUUUCAGCUUGCCCAUCGCCUCCCUAGAACCCACUUUUGGCCAGCGACUAUUGGACACACAGGAGAAAGAAGGUAUUCUCCCUGAGAGAGCUGAGGAGGCAAAGCUAAAGGCCAAAUAUCCAAGCCUAGGACAAAAGCCUGGAGGCUCCGACUUCCUCAUGAAGAGACUCCAGAAAGGGCAAAAGUACUUUGACUCAGGAGACUACAACAUGGCCAAAGCCAAGAUGAAGAAUAAGCAGCUGCCAAGUGCAGGGCCAGACAAGAACCUGGUGACUGGUGACCACAUCCCUACCCCACAGGAUCUGCCCCAGAGAAAGUCCUCACUCGUCACCAGCAAGCUUGCGGGGUAACCUGGGCCCCUCUUCUCCCCUUCCUCACCCACUGGACUUUCAUAUAUCAUAGGCAGGAAUGGAAUGGGCACCUAGUUAGAGAACUUCUCAGCUUCCUAGCCAGCAAUGACUGUGAUUCAGCUGGGGGCUGCUGAGAAGGUAAUGUGUGUUGAAGAGGGGCUCUCAGUUCAUUUCUUUGGUUAAAUUGAGAUCUCUACACCUUCACUAUAGCCCAAGUAGGGGCCCAGAAGUAGGAGACUAGGAUUGGGUAAUACUGCAAAUUGUCUUUUUUUCUGUACCGGAAACUGGGGAGACAUAGUUUCUUUUUUUGGAAGAGAAUGUCUCAAAAUGGGUUAGGCUAAGCCUGGGGAUAAUGUGGCAGGUACAACACCCAAGGGUGACCUGACAUUGCUGGGAAAGGUAGAUUGAAUGAGACCUAUUUUCUGUGCUUCUAAGUGUUUUGUUCCUUAGGCUGCUGUUGCUUCAUGUUUCCAUUAUGGCAGGUUUAGAGAAUCCUCAAAAAGAAAAACUGAUUUGCUUGCCUAAAACUACAAUGCCUACUUAACCUCCCUUAGUCAGUGUCUCUUACAGUUUGCCCUGGCUCUUAAUGUAAAGAUUGGAAAACGUAUAAAAUGGGCACCUUCUCUCUCUCUCCCAGCAUGUUGCUUUUGAAAGUAUCAUGGAAGGAGCACUGGUUUAGGAGUCAAGAUAUCUGGGUUUGGGUCUAGUUCCAUGUAGAAGUGAUAAGUAACCUUGGUCAAGUCAUUUAACCUUUCAGGAUUUCUUAUUUCAUCAUCUGUAAAAUAGAGUUGAAUAUAGAUAAGGUUGAUUCUGAUUUUAAAAUUCUGUAAUUGCCAGCUGAAAAGCUCUGCUAGUCAUUGUAAAACUAAUGAGGAAGGCCCAUGGGUAAGCAGCGUACACAGGGGAACCAUUUGAAGACUACAUGGGGAGAGAGGAAGUGGAGAUUUGGGGGGUUAUGAAUUCAGGCAAGAGGGCCUCAUAAGUAUUAUGGUCUUAACGUCAAGAAAAACAAUUUUAAGAGGGUAGCCAUGGAAUCUCUUGCCUCUGCCCCAGCCCACUUUCCUGGCCUACAGCCUGUGCCUUUGCUGCUAAAAAGGCUGCUCUGGCAGUGGAGCUGUGGGCCUGAGGAAACACGUUCAGUCAUGCACAUGGGGAGGCCUUCGUUUCUGAUGUAAUCAAAUGCCAGGUGUAUUGUUAGGGAGGAAAGAAGAAAAGGGAUGAGCUAAGCUAGCCUCUGGGGCUUAGUAGUACAGCAGGGCUGGAGCAGCCUGUUCUUUGGAGAUCAUUCACGUUGGAGAAAGCUGGGAAGGUGGUUAAGGAGAGAGAAGGAACACAGAAAUAUCUGCCUUCCUAGAGCUCAGUAACCCAGCUCCUGUGUGAUGAGAAGCAGCCAUGCUGAUAUAUGAACAGGUGGAGGAAAGGGGUUGCUGGUGGCCAAAUCUUCAGUCUCGUUAUCACUAGCUGGCCUGAAUCUUACUGAAUGCAACCUGCUAGUUAUGACAGAGAGGUUCAGGGUGAGAACUAACUGUUCAAGAGAGGAAGAUUCUGUAAUACUCUCUUGCCCUCUCACAAAUCCUGAUUGGCCAAACAUUUGGCCCAGUGAGAACGACUGAUGAACUUGAUGUGCAUGUGGGGGGAUGGGGUGUGUACAUACUUCUCUCCUGACUGGCCAUUCACUUUUCAGGCUGUCAUUCAGAUUGGAUAGGAAAAAGUUGGUGAGGAAGGAAUGGAGAGAGCAGGAUCCCUGGAUUCCUUGACCCCCAGACUCCUUGACUGUCACUUGUAAUUGUAUAUAAUUUUUUUGUGUUUCUUGCUCCAUUUCCUCAUGCUGUCUUCCUUAGUCUAAAGUCCAUGUGGGGAGGGGAAAAUGCUGAACAUCCUUGUAUAGUUUCCUCAACUGUCCCAGCCACGUUGUACAUAGAUAUGUCAUGUUAUUAUAUAUAUAAAUAUAUAUAUAAUUUUGUACGUUUUCUUCAUCUCUGAUUUUCUCGAAUUUUGUACUUUUUUCGUUUCUGUCUGAGCCACUUUCUCUAUUGAUCAAUUUCAGUCCUCAAAACUGAGGUCACAUUGAGUCUGGUUUUAGGAAGGAAUAGAAGAAAUAGGGAGAUCAGAAAACUGUUGGUCUCUCUUCAUCUGGUCAUACUCAAGUUUAAGAAAAGAAUAAAGCUUCAUUCUGUAUUUGC